UUAGACGGGCACUGAGAGAAGAUCGGCAAUUUCAAGACCGAGCCCCCUGGGUUGUUCCGAGGCCGCGGCGACCACCCCAAGAUGGGGAUGCUGAAGAGGAGUGUCCUGCUGGAGGACGUGACCAUCAACUGCAGCAGGGACUCCGAAGUACCCGAGCCUCUGGUAGGUCACCGGUGGAAGGAGGUGCGGUGCGACCGCACGGUCACGUGGCUGGCGGCGUGGACAGAGAACGGGCAGAACUCCAUCAAGUACACCAUGCUGAACCCCAGCUCCAAGCCGAAGGGGGAGAGAGAUUGGGAGAAGUAUGAAGUGGCUCAGCGCUUGAAAGGUCUGGGCGAGAUCCGUUCUCAGUACCGGGCCGACUGGAAGUCCCGAGAAAUGAAGGCGACACGAUGCGCUGUGGCCCUUUAUUUCAUCGACAAGCUGGCGCUGCGAGCCGGGCACGAGACGGAGGAGGGCGACGCGGCUGGCACAGUGGGUGGCUACUCCCUCCGCGUGGAACACGUCCAGCUGCACCCAGGGGCCGGUGGCUGCCCGUACGUCGUGGAAUUGGACUUCCUGGGACAGGACUCGAUCCGCUACUACAACAGAGUGCGGGUGGAGAAGCCGGUGUACGAGAAUCUGCAGCUGUUCAUGGAGAACAAAGGCCCUGGGGAUGAGCUCUUUGACAGACUGACCACCGCCAGUCUGAACAAGCACCUGCAGGACCUGAUGGAUGGCCUGACGGCCAAGGUGUUCCGGACCUGCAACGCCAGCCUCACCCUGCAGGGCCAGCUGAGAGCACUGACCAGAGCUGAAGACAGCAUAGCCGCUAAGAUUCUGUCUUACAACCGAGCAAAUCGGGCCGUUGCCGUUCUCUGCAACCAUCAGCGGGCGACUCCCAAGACCUUCGAGAAGUCGAUGCAGACUCUUCGGUAGAAGAUUGCGGCGAAGAAGAAGCAGGUGGCCGAGGCCAAGGCACAGCUGAAGAAGGCAAGGGCCGACCACAAAUCCAGAGGGGACAGCAGGUCCAAGAGCUUCCUGGAAAAGAGGGGACGGCUGCUGGAGAAACUGGAGGAGCAGCUCGGGAGACUGAGCUUGCAGGCCACAGACAAGGAGGACAGCAAGCAGGUGGCCCUGGGCACGUCCAAGCUCAACUACCUGGACCCCCAGAUCAGUGUCGCCUGGUGUAAGAGGCUUGGGGUGCCCGUGGAGAAGAUCUACAACAAGACACAGAGGGCUCUCGACAUGGCAGGCAAAGACUUUGAAUUCUAA